AUGGCGUCGCCAUCCAAGUCAGAUUUCCCCAAGUUUCUGGACGGCGACGUCCUCAUCAUCAUUUCGUCCACCCAAGUCUACAAACUUCACUCGCAGGUUCUCUCAGCUCAUUCAUCCUUCUUUGCUCAGCAAAUUGCCGCGAAGCCGGGGCCUCGCCUGAAUGCCCAGGCUCGCCGCGACAACGCGGUCGCAUACCGGUUUGAAUUCAAGCGGUCGCCCGCCGAAAAUAAGUUUGGCGAGUUCGUCCGUGUGGAGAUUAACGAGGCUGGGCGGGUGGUAGGCCCUAGCAUGAAUAUCGUUAUGCCAGACCUCGAGAAUGGAAAGGCCCGCGACAACAGUAACCGGGCGUGGGAUUGGCUCUUUGGCAUCUUCUACAACCGUGAGCCUGUCUUCGACGACAGCACCUUGGCCACGGUCCUUUCCUGCGUUGUUGCUCUCAUCGAGUGUGCUGAAUCUGUCGGUUCGAUCGAUCAUGUCCGCGAUGUGGCUGAUCUCGCUUUGAUGCGUCAAGAUAAUGUCCUUUGGACUUCCAUCUUGGGGAAUCCUCACGUCUGGAUCGAGCUGGGUCGCCGCGUCCGGUCCCCUGCCAUCUUUUCUGAAGCAGCUAUCCAUUUGAUCGGUCAGUGGGCCACCAUCAGUGACACGGAGAAGAAUCGCAUCAGUGACGACAUCCGUGCGAUGUUGGAGCGUAAGGCAAAUGAACUUGGACUGGUCAAGGAGGCCAUCGAACUGCGCAUGCUGGGUCAUUAUCCGGAGUUCAUGCGCCGCGCCGCAGCCGACAAGCCCGGUCGUCCUUCAUAUUCCAGUGACAUCUACAUGUGGAUGGCUGUGAGCUUUUUCCGACAGUGGUUUGCCCAGAACAUUUCCGACGACCGCACCCGACGCGCCCCUGACGGAGGCUUGAACUUCUACACUGCCCUGCAUGAGGGUGGUGCGGCCUAUCUCACCCACAUGGACUUCCAAGAGUUCCACAAAUAUUUCCCCAUGAGCAUCAAGGCGUGUCAUGUGCUUGAGGCCAACAUGGGUGUGCUCAAGGAAGACAUCAAGCGAUUCGUGGAAGACCUCAUGGUCCAAAACACCCACUUGAAGAGAGAGCAGCAUGAGAUCUUCUGGUUGACGUGUGCGGCAAUCGAAAAGGAGGAUAUGCCGUGGUACACACCGGAUCCGGCUGCGGACAAAUCCACGGAUCCAUUGCAAAGCAUGUACGACGACAUCGAGGAGGAACAAGCGGCCAUGGAGGUCCAGAGUAUCGUCGACAAAGCUGCCGGGAAGCGCAAUGUCCGCCGCAGCAGCAGCAAUCAUCGGCCUCCCGCCCGACCAGCGAAGCGCGCCAAAGUCGACGAAUUGGACAGUGCCAGCGGCGGCUCAGAGUAUGAAGCGGACUCCGAAAACGACAUGUUCAUCCCUGAAUCUGGCUUUGAUGACCUGAUGCAGAUGGAGGAGUGA